AUGGUAUCAUCAUCAUCAUCAUCGACAUCGUCAUCGUCGACAGGUGAUGCUGAACCAAUGGCCAUCACAGACACUGUUGCAGUAGCCAAGAAGACAAUGACAACGAAAAAGACAACGACCGCUGGUGGCAAGAGUGUCACAACUGGUGCCACACUCACAAUUGAGACAAGCACAGGCGGUGGUGGCGAUCCUCCAGCAGCGAUCGAGGCAUCAUCAUCAUCGUCCAAUAAGGCAACAAUCAAGGAGAUUGAGGAUGUUGUGUUUGACGAGGAUGACAAGGCCGGCGACGAGCAAAUGACAGACGACAAGACAGAGGAGAAGGAGAAGGAGAAGGUUGCUGCAAAGCCUGCCUCUGCAAAGACUACAAAGGCUACUGCUGCCGCCGAGAAGAAGACUACUGCGGCCGAGAAGAAGGCUGCUGCUGCGACCACCGCCGCUGAGAAGAAGACUGCUGCUGCCGCCGAGAAGAAGACUACUACUGCCGCCGAGAAGAAGACUGCUGCUGCUGCCGAGAAGAAGGCUGCCGCUGAGGCAAAGAAGACUGCCGCCGCUGCUAAGGAGCAGGAGGAGCAGGAGGAGCAGGAGGCAGAGGAGGAGGCUGCCGCUCUAGCCGCCGAGGAGAAGAAGACUGCCGCCGCUGAGAAAAAGACUGCCGCCGCUGAGAAGAAGGCCGCCGCUGCAGCUGAGAAGAAGACCGCCGCCGCUGAGAAGAAGGCUGCCGCCGAUGCUAAGAAGGCUGCUGCCGCCGCUGCCAAGGAAGAGGAAGAGGAGGAGGCCGAGGAGCCAGCACCAGAGAAGCCCAAGACAAAGACAACCAAGCCCAAGGCCGAGUCCAAGAGGGUCAUCCCCAGAAUGAUCGUCAAGGAGCCAAACGAAGACAAACCAGAGAUGACCAGAGAUGAGGAGAGGAUGGCCAAGCUUCGCAAGGUUGAAUGGAAAGAUCUGAUCCCUAUUGGCUUCGAGCUGAAGGAGUUGGAGACCAUGCGCAAGGAGCCUUGGUCCUUUGACCAGUUGAACAAGGAGCUCAGUCACGGAUUCCUGUCCAAGGCCGAGCACCCACUUUACAUCUUCAUGGGCGCUCAACCGAUCGUCGAGAAGAAGGUCGCACUCAACAUCCCCUACAUCGUUGUGUUUGAUUGUUUGACGCCACCACCUCAGAAGGUGUGCAAGGCAUCGAUCCAGGGCGCCACAGAGGAGGUGUUUGACACCAGCAAGGACAACAGAUUCAAGGUGUCCUGGCUCCCAUACAUCCGUUCCAAGCUCUUCAACCAGGACUUCACCAAGAUUGCCAAGCCCAUCCAAGCCCUCCAGUGCAACUCUCGUGGUCGUACCUCCAACGUCAUCCCCGAGGAGAAGCUCAUCGAGAUGCAAUACCUCCUGCCAUACAUUAGACUACCUCAGAUCGUCGAGAAUCUUAAGCAAAUCGAUGUGACCGCAGUCACUUUUGACUUUGAGGCCCAGCUGACACCUGAGCAAUUGGAGAAGGAGAAGAAGCAGGCUGCAGAGGACGAUAAGAAGCGCGAGGAAGAGUUCACCUCCAAGGGCAAGAUGGUCCGUUUGACAAAGGCCGAGAAGGAGAAGAUGAAGGCCCGCGACGAAUGUCUCGCCCGCGGCUGCAAGAUGAUGUUCAUCGCCUAUGACAAGGCCGUCGACACACCAACGGCAUUCAUCGACGAGAAGAAGGAGGACGAUGGCAUUACAGAUGAGUGCGCCAUCGAGCUCAAGAGGAGGCUCAAGGAGGAGUUUGACAAGGCUCGCAAGAUCCGUGGCGACUCCUUCGCAGCCAUCCAGAAGGAGGUGGCCGAUAUGUCGCCAGAGGACAAGGAGAACUACCGCAACUGCAAGAUCUACAAGUUCUACCCAACACAUCCCAAGAUCGACGUUUCAAAGUACUCGUCCAAAGUGGUCAACCGUUUCUUUGGCAAUGCCACCCAGGUCUUCCCCGAGGAAGCCGUCAAGGACCUGUCCGUCGUGAAGUUGGCCAGCAAGGAGGAGCUUGCCGAGGCAAAGGCAGACUAUGAUCGUGACGUUGCCCAAUAUGAGGCCCAGAGACUGAAGCACGAGGCAAAGACAAAGGUUCAGAAGGAGGACAAGACUACUACUACUUCCAAAAAGAGAAAGGCCACCGAUGAUGAGCCAGAGAAGAAGGAGGAUGAGGAGAUGCCAGAGGCUGAUGCUGAGGCUGAGGCUGAAGAGGAGGCUGAAGAGGAGGCAGAGGCUGAGGCCGAAGCAGAGGAAGAGGCAGAGGCAGAGGCAGAGGAUGAGACACAGCCAAAGAAGAAGGCAAAGACCUCAAAGACAACUUCAAAGACCACCAAGGCUGCCGCCACUACCAAGUCUACCAAGGCUGCUGCCACCAAGACUGCCAAGACCACCAAGGCUGCCACCACUACCAAGACCACCAAGUCCAAGAAGUGA